AUGGCUUUUUUCAGGGAGAUCUUCGUCUUGCAACUGGUAGGGCUGGUGCUAACCUACAAUUUCACUGACUGUGGCUUUGAAAAGAUUAGAGAGGAUUAUGACAAAAUCAUUUACCAAUGCCUGCAUAUGAUCCAGAUAAAAAGUACCAAGUUCAGCAAGCUCGACUACUGUAAAGACUGGCUUCGGACGCUACUUCUGUCCAAUUUAAGGGAAGGGAAUCUCUCUCCGGAUGGAGCGGGAUUCUGGGAGAGCGCGUCCUCCGGAGGAAAGGCAAAUCGGGAACUGGGACCAGGGGCUACGUCAGGGACACCCGGAUCCCACGCCUCCGCGCUGGCGCCGCCUCCUGGCAGCCGCCUCCGCCCUGAGACGCGGGAGCGAGCACUACGCUCCGAUAUUCUCGCAACGCCCUUCCUUCCUUCUUGCGUUCAUUACUUUUCCCUUUCCUCAACCGUGACCUCUACCUCUGCCUCUGCCUUUCCUCUUACUCGAAUCGUCUUGGUUGUGUCUCCGAACUCCUCUCUAAAUUCUUGCCAACUCUUCCUGCCCUUUUCUUUUCCCUCCCUCCCUCCCUGCCCCCCCCCUUCCGUCCUUCGUUCCUUCCUUUUUUCGUUGUUUUCUCCUUUUCUCAUAAUCUUUGCUGCCUGUGAGCAGCCGGAUUGCCUCACUAACAUAGUACGCGUUACCUUCAAUCUCACCUACGGCUGCACCUCACUCGCCAAGGAAAUCGCAGUUAAAACUAACGCCACCCUAACUCAGCAUUGCCCAGACUACCCUGGAAGUCAGAUAAAUAAUAUCCAGACAGUGAAGAAGAGAAUGAGAAGAGAAGUCAUAACAAACAAAUGCCUGGAACAAGUCUUUAACUUACAAGGAUUGUGGGGUCGUUUCAGUCGUAUUGCACCAAAACAAAAUAAAUCUUCUUUAUUACAGUAAUAUUUCACAGCAACAGAAUAAAUCAUCUUUAUUGACUAGAUGGAACAUUAAAUAUAACUGUGACAUUUUAAAUCCCACAAAUAGUUAUUUUUUAAUUCCUGAAGGGUUUCUUAACUUAUUUUUGUAAGCUUUUAUUUUUUAAUAUAGGUUUAUAAUGCAGGGGAGUGAGUUAGUAUUCCUCAAAUGUUGGGGAAGACUUCUGUAGCACUGUUAACUAGGCCACCAGUUUCACAUCAAUAAUUCUUAGCUGGAAAUAUUAUAAGCCUAACUCAAGGGAAGAAUCUAAAGGUGUAAUAGAAAGAGAACUUUUUUGCUCAAAAAAGGAAAAAAGUUGAACUCAGUAAAAUCUAAAUUUCCAUCUGCUUAAAAGACAGGCAUUCCCCUUACUUGUAAUGAUACUUUUUGUGUUCUCACACUAAAAACUUACAAAAGAAGAAAAUAAAAGCAAAAGAGGGUGCACAAAUAGUUCUAAAUAUGACGAUCCAAUUUGAAAGAAUUUUCAAGCAAAAUAUUGUGAAAGUAUUCUAAAAGCAAGCUUUAAAAAUUAUCUGAUAGAAUAGUAUAUGCAAGUAGAUUCUGAAGAAGUGCCUUUGUUAUAGUUAAAAUAUUUUGUGUAUUUUUUAAAUUUAUAAAAUAUAUUUUUAAUUUAUUUUGUGAGCACUUUUAAAAAUGUACAUGUUGUUUUA